AGCGUGUGCGACCACUGCAGGGAAAAUGCACGAAUACUGUGCAAAGUCUAAGCUUAAUCUUUAGCUUGGUCGUGACCAUCACUCCAUACAGUAGCUACAGUAACUGUGCACCAAAUUGGAGGGAAGCUGCUCCUAAAGCCAGAGUUUCUUGGUUCCUACCUGUAUAAUCAGUCUGUGGACAUAAACAUCUACAUGUAGACAAAAAACACAUUUCCAUCUUCAUUGUACAGAAAACGAUACCUGCAUCGACUCGUGUUGAGAUGAGAGCAGUAAAGUAAAGCAUCUGCGUUCACACCAGUCACUUUAACUGCCUGAGGUCUACGCUAAAUUUAGCUCCUCUAUUUUUAGAGCAUCACCCUCAAUAAAGGCAACGAGAAGAAGCUGGUUUUCUGCUCAUUUAGGCCAGCAAAUAGCAAAAGGGUGGAAUGUAGAUAUCCCUCAUGGGUGUACUAUAAAUAUCCAAACAUCAGGGGCGCAUCCUCUGGGGCCAGUGAAUAUGCCAAUUUUCAUAGCUAUAGAUUAAUCAUUGCUUUCUAUUAAUUAAUCAGUUAAUUAUACAGGCCUUAAAUUUAUUAUUAAUAUUCAUUUAAUGAAAAAAAACAUGAUGGACCAAAAUGUAUUUCAGCAAUUAAUCGGAAAUAACCAUGGACCAAAAUUGCUGCUGUGAAUCUGUACUUUAGCUUUGAGCUAUUUUACAGUGUGGAUGAGUCUGAAAUCAGCCAUUUUCGCAUUUUGUCAAUAAUCACAUCGUCGUUCACAAAUGUUUUAUCGUUUGAGUAAAUGUCAGGUUUUACUGCCAUCUGCACGUAUUGAAUGCAUGCUGGGAACUGCCUCUCCCUGUCCUUUCUCUUUGACUGCACCAUCCAUCCAUCUGUCCUCCUGUUUGUAUCUACAUUUUCUCCCUUCCUCCCUGCGAGAGCGCUCUCUCUCUCUCUCUCUCUCUCUCUCUCUCGCUCUCUCUCUCUCUCUCUCUCUCUCUCUCCCUGCGUCUCAUCCUCUUGUUAGAGCUUCUGAAUUAUUUAGCAUCAGACAGUGCGCUCUGCUGCUGAGAUAGAGAGAGAGGGGGUGGGGAGGGAGGAAGGAAGGAAAGGAUGGAGAGAGAAGGGGAAGUAUGGAGGUGUCCGACGCUGCAGGAAGUUGUGAGUCAGCAAGGAGAGAAAAAACCAGUGGGAGGGAGGACGGAGAGGAUUUAUAGUUAGCUUUAGGUGAUACAACGGGAGCAGGGCGUCAAACGCCUCGCUGUGCGCUCGUGUGUGUGUGUGUGUGUGCAUGCGUCUAUCGAUUGAGCAGCGAAGGUCAUGGAGCUGAGAGCAGAUUAGCAGCCUAGACUCAGAGACAGGGGAGCAGGGCGUCACAGCUAACGCCUCCUCUGAAUAGACACAUACAACAGAGCCAGAGGAAGAAAGGAGCGAGACGUUUGAAGGACGCCAGGAGCCGCUAGAAUAUGGGCGAGAGCUAUAUGUACCAGCGACUCCCCUACGACAGAGCGGAGGAGGAGGGGGAGGAGGAGGAGGACGGGAGAGGCGGCAGCGUCAGAGAAAGUGUCGAGGGACAAAUGAUGCAGUGCGAGGAGGGGAGCGAGUGGCUGCUGGAGCUGCUGACAGAUGUGCAGCUGCAGCAGUACUUCCUGCGGAUCCGCGACGAGCUCAACGUCACCAGACUGUCCCACUUCGACUACGUCAAAAAUGAGGACCUGGAGAAGAUCGGCAUGGGCCGGCCAGGUCAAAGGAGGCUGUGGGAGGCGGUCAAGAGGAGGAGAGCCCUUUAUAAACGCAAGUCCUGGAUGAGCAAGGUUUUCCCCGUGAAGCGACCGGACUCCGACCCCCAGCAGCCCCCUCCCCAGGGGGCGUCGUGCAAACAGGCCCCGACCAACAGCGAGGCGGGAGCGUCCCUCACCUGCCUGAUCCGCGAGACGGAGCUGCAGCUGUUCGAGCGGCUGGGCGACGGCACCUUCGGGGUGGUUCGGAGGGGAGAGUGGACCGGACCCAACGGCAGAGUGCUGUCGGUGGCGGUGAAGUGUCUGAAGGCAGGCGUGUUGGACUCGGACGGUCUGGAUGAUUUCAUCAGAGAGGUGAACGCCAUGCACUCGCUGAGCCACCAGAACCUCAUUCGCCUCUAUGGCAUCGUGCUGACGCAGCCGAUGAAGAUGGUGACUGAGCUGGCCCCUUUGGGCUCCCUGUUGGAUCGCCUCCGUAAGCGCCAGGGCCACAUCCUCAUCUCCUUCCUGUGUAACUACGCUGUUCAGGUGGCCUGUGGCAUGGCCUACCUGGAGCAGAGGCGCUUCCUCCACAGAGACCUGGCUGCUCGUAACGUUCUACUCUCCACCAACGAAACGGUGAAGAUCGGAGACUUUGGGCUGAUGCGGGCGCUGCCGACACACACUGAUCAGUACAUCAUGGAGGAAGGUCACAAAAUCCCUUUCCCCUGGUGUGCCCCGGAGUCGCUGAAGUCUCGCUCCUUCUCUCACGCGUCUGACACCUGGAUGUUUGGGGUCACGCUGUGGGAGAUGUUCACCCACGGACAGGAGCCGUGGCCGGGCCUAAACGGGAGCCAGAUCCUCCACAAGGUGGACGUGGAGGCCGAGAGGCUGUGCAAACCCGACGACUGCCCUCAGGAUAUCUACAACGUCAUGCUGCAGUGCUGGAGCCCCAAACCUGAGGACAGGCCCACCUUCAUCGCCCUCAGAGAUUUCCUGCUGGAGACCAUGCCCACGGAUAUGAGGGCCCUGCAGGACUUUGAGGAGGAAGACAAGCUCCAGAUUAAAAUGAACGACGUCAUCACCAUCAUAGAGGGAAGGGCUGAGCAUUACUGGUGGCGAGGUCAGAACCGGAGAACGCUGCGCGUCGGUCAGUUUCCCCGUCACGUGGUCACUUCAGUCGCCGGCCUGUCUGCCCACGACAUCAGCCGACCGCUCAAGCACUCGUUCAUCCACACUGGGCACGGAGACACGGACCCUCACAGGAGCUGGGGAUACGCAGACCGCAUAGACAGUUUGUAUCUGGGGAACCCCAUGGACCCACCUGAUGUCCUUGGAAUGGACUCGGGCAUAUCCAGGCCAACAAAACUCCCCAACCGUGCCAAGAAGCAACCUCCCCCUCGUCCUCCUCAGCCAGCUGUUCUGUUGAAAAAGCCGUUCUACGACUCUGUAAUGGACGACUACGACGAUGACGACGACGCCAGCACUUCGUCGGGGCUGAAGAGGCUGGGGGUGUCCCUCGGUCUGAAGCUCCGGCCGUGGGAGGGGUCCGGCGUGCGCUCGGCCAAAAGCGAGGUGUCCCUCAUCGACUUCACCGACGACAGCUUCAGCUCGACUACGCCCUCCCCGCUCACCGAGACACAGCAGCCAGACGAGGACACACUGAAGGACACUCCCUCCAUCCUGGAUUGGCCUCUUCCACAGCCAGCUUAUGAUGAGGUCACCACGGAGCUUGAGGAGCAGUCAGAGGACCAGGAGGUGCACUCCAUCAAUAAGGGAUUCGCUGAAGACACUGUGGCCACGUGUGGGGCCGGCAUGGCGGGCAGGAGCGAGUCACAAUCGGCUGACCUCUUUCAAGAGCUGCAGAGAGAAGUGAUGGUGAAGCUGCAGGUACCCAUGGCAACCGGGCGUUCCCUCCCCUCCUCUCCCCUCCCUAUGCCUCUGGCUCCCCUGGGCCCCCAUCGACAGAUUUGUCUGCCUCCUCCCUCCCCCUCCUCUACGUCCACCUCCUCCUUCGCCUCCUGCUUCGAGGACCGGCCCGUGCUGCCCCCCCGCAGCCCCGUUCCCCCGCUGCGACCCUCCAAACACAACCUCUCCACCCGCAGCAGCCACCCGCAGGCUCGCUCCAGCUCCAUCUCUCUGGGCAACGAGGAGGACACGCCUCCCCAAAUCCCACCGAGAGACCAUGCCUUUUCUCAGCCGGGGUCCCGCUCUUCCUCUCCCCUCCCGCUGGUGCCACCGCUUUCCUCCUCACCCGUGGCUCUGCCUCCUCCGCCCCUCUCUGUCUCCCCGCGCAGGGCAUCCGGCCUCCUGGGUCCCCUCCUGUCUUCCUCCUCCUCUUCCUCAGCUCAAGCACCAUGCUACCCUUCACGUCUGUCAGCUCCCGGGUCCACCUACUCGUCCACCUCCUUACUGGAUCCUUUGACCUUUCGUGAGGGACGUGGCCUCUCCUCAAUGACGGACAGCUCUCAGAGCUCUGCUCCUGCCCCGCUCCCGGAGAGACCAGCUUUCCUAGAAAGAUAUGGAGCGGCCAACAUGGCUACAGUCAAACCCAUGAUGCAGCAGCAGCAGCUGGGUGAGGCUAAACCAAACUCCUCCUACAACAACAACAAUGGGCGAACUGCAACUCCCAGCAUGCAACAUGAUCAUUGCAUCGCGCAGGUCCAAGGGGCAGUGCAUGGUGUUACCCUGGAGGAGUGUCGUGCUGCUCUGGAGACCCACAACUUUAGCAUCCCUCAGGCCAUAAAACACUUGAAGGUGGAGCAGUUGUUUCGCUUGGGGCUAAGAUCUAGAGCCGAGUGCGAGGAGCUUCUGCAGAGCUGCCAGUGGAAGCUUGAGCAGGCCAGCACGGUGAUGCUGGACACAUAUGGACCACAUCGACACAGGAAGUGACAUCAAGGCGAAGCACUGGGAGGCAGUAACUCAACAAUGACCUAGUUUCCUUCUCAGUAGAGGACCACACCAAUGAAAGGACCCAAUGCACAGUGCUGCUUUUAGUGAAUGGAGAAACUUUAAGGCAGUGCCUCACUUUGUACUGUGAAUACCUGCUACUACCUGUCACACACAUGCAUGCUCCUCAUUAGUUAACAGAGCAGCCUGUUGAACGACUCAUAUACUUGAACUGUUGCUAUUUAUUGUUUUGGAGCUGAUAACUACUGUUGAAGUUUACCAGGUGAAGGUUUGGGGUUUGUUGGGAAUGUGAGCAUGUUAAUAAGC